CCUCUGGUCACACUGACGUGCUGUUUACACAAUUAUUUCGUAAUUUGAAGUCAUAUUUUAUCAAUGAAUUAAGAUAAGAAGCGCGCAGAGCUACUCACAAAUGACUUCGCAGAUCUACAGCCAGAAGAAGUUCGUGCCCACGCCGCCCGAGAGGGGUUCCUUUCCUCUGGACCACGAAGGUCUCUGCAAGAAGCAAUUCCUCCUUUACGCCAGUUGUUUGCGCAAGAACGCCCAGGAUACGAGCCAGUGCCGCCAGGACGCCCAGAACUAUCUGGCCUGCCGCAUGGACAACAAUCUUAUGGAGAAAACCGAGUGGUCCAAGUUGGGCUUUCACGACCAGAGUUCCAAGACCGAUCAAAAAGCACCGGAGGAGCAGAAGCAAUAGCCGGCAUUGUGAGCCAU